CGAACAAAGGGCGGCCGAGCCGAGCCUCGCCGAGCCGAGCUGAGCUGAGCCGUGCCGCGCCGCGCCGUGCAUCUCCGAGCGGAGCGAAGCCGAACCGGGCCGGCAGCGCCCUGCCUUUGUCCGCGCUGCCUGCGCGUUCCCUUCCCCCUCCGUGUAUUUAUUUGCUCUUUCUUCGUCUCUCAACCCCCACCCCUUUCCCCAGCUGUCUCGUUACCCGAGUGGUUUUAUUUCUUCCCCAGCGGUUAUUUUCAUCCCCCCCCCAACCCCUCCCCAUCACCACCUUGCCUUAACUUUUCGCGAGAUAACAGUUUGCAGUGGUGCAAUUAGCCACUUGCUGACGGCCCUCCAGCGCAUCUACGGAGCACGCUGCUCUUUUUCUCUCGCUUCCCCCUCCCACUCUGCCCGCUGUGUUUUUUCUGGCUGCCGUGCGCUAACCUCAAGUUCAGAGGCUGGUACAGGCGAUGCCGCAUCUGAUGCUCAUGGGCCUACCUGGAAGAGAAAAUCUACUCCGCAGAGACUCUUCUUCACUGCCUCAUCCUAUGGAGGAAUCACCACUGCCCAUCUACAUUGAGGAGGGGACAGAAGUCCCGAUUGAAAGCAGAAACAUGGCAACAAAGGAAAAGCUUCAGUGCUUGAAAGACUUCCACAAGGACAUCCUCAAACCUUCCCCCGGCAAGAGCCCGGGGACACGGCCUGAGGAUGAGGCAGAAGGAAAGCCGCCCCAGCGGGAGAAGUGGGCGAGCAAGAUUGACUUUCUGCUGUCUGUGGCCGGGGGAUUUAUUGGCUUAGGCAAUGUCUGGCGGUUUCCGUAUCUCUGCUACAAAAAUGGCGGAGGUGCAUUUCUUAUUCCUUAUUUCAUUUUCCUGUUUGGGGGAGGUCUUCCCGUUUUUUUCCUGGAGGUGGUGCUAGGACAGUAUACCUCUGAAGGUGGAAUUACAUGCUGGGAAAAGAUCUGCCCUAUUUUCACUGGAAUUGGUUAUGCUUCCAUAGUGAUUGUGUCCCUUCUGAACGUGUACUACAUUGUGAUCCUGGCCUGGGGACUCUACUACCUGUUCCAGUCGUUCCAGAGCGUCCUGCCAUGGGCUCACUGCCACCAGAAGUGGAACACGCCAACCUGCGUGGAAGACACUCUCAGGAAGAACAAAACCCUCUGGAUAUCACUGAAUGCAACUAACUUCACCUCUCCUGUCACAGAGUUCUGGGAGCGCAAUGUACUGAGCUUGUCCUCAGGGAUUGAAGAUAUUGGUAUUAUCAAGUGGGAUCUGGCGCUGUGUCUCCUCCUCGUCUGGGUGAUAUGCUUCUUCUGCAUUUGGAAAGGAGUCAAAUCCACUGGGAAAGUAGUGUACAUCACUGCCACGUUCCCAUUCAUCAUGCUCCUUGUUCUGCUCAUCCGUGGCGUGACCCUGCCAGGAGCUGCAGAAGGCAUCAAGUUUUAUCUUUAUCCUGAUAUCUCACGGUUAGCUGACCCACAGGUCUGGAUAGAUGCAGGGACACAAAUCUUCUUCUCAUAUGCAAUCUGCUUAGGAGCAAUGACUUCCCUGGGGAGCUACAACAAGUACAAAUACAACUGCUAUAGGGACUGUUUGCUGCUGGGAUGCCUGAACAGUGGUACCAGUUUUGUGUCUGGCUUCGCAAUUUUUUCCGUCCUGGGCUUCAUGGCACAAGAGCAAGGGGUGAACAUUGCUGAUGUGGCAGAGUCAGGUCCCGGCCUGGCCUUCAUUGCCUACCCAAAAGCUGUGUCCAUGAUGCCGCUGCCCACCUUUUGGGCAAUCCUUUUUUUUAUUAUGCUUCUGUUGCUUGGACUGGAUAGCCAGUUUGUUGAAGUUGAAGGACAGAUCACGUCAUUAGUUGAUCUGCACCCAUCCUUCCUAAGGAAGGGUUACCGACGGGAAAUCUUCAUCGCUAUAGUAUGUUUCCUUAGCUAUCUUCUGGGACUAACUAUGGUGACUGAGGGUGGCAUGUAUGUUUUUCAACUCUUUGACUACUAUGCAGCUAGUGGUGUAUGCCUUUUGUGGGUUGCAUUCUUUGAAUGUAUUGCUGUAGCCUGGGUUUAUGGCGCUGAUAAUAUUUAUGAUGCCAUUGAGGAUAUGAUUGGAUACAGACCUGGUCCCUGGAUGAAAUGGAGCUGGAUUGUGAUCACACCAGUUCUUUGUAUGGGGUGCUUCAUCUUUUCUUUGGCCAAGUACAAACCACUGACCUACAACAAGGUCUACACAUACCCUGAGUGGGCAAUUGGCCUGGGAUGGGUUCUUGCCCUUUCCUCCAUGAUCUGCAUCCCUAUGGUGAUGGUCAUCCGCGUCAUACAGUCAGACGGGUCACUCAUUGAGAGGAUAAAAGCAGUGGCUGCCCCCAAGGAAGUGAAUCGGUGGUCCAAAGAAACAGAGAGUGGCACUCCCUUCUGCCCCAAUGGAACUUCGAAUGGCGGAUUGAUCAAGCCAACUCAUAUCAUUGUGGAAACCAUGAUGUGAGCUCUCUCUGUGAGAGGAUAAACCUGCUUUAACUGCCGUUUACUAACCAUAGAUUCUCAUAGGACCAGGUUUACAGAGCUUUAUAUUUGCACUAGGAUUUAUUUUUAUUUCUCACAGAGAAAGUUAUUUUUUGUGUGUGUUUUUUUUUUUUUUUAUAUUUUGUAAGGUAAUCACAGCAGAUGUCUCUCUGUAGAGGGAGAGCAUUCAUAUCAGACUAGACAUAUUACAGGAAUUUACUAUUAUUGUUUUUUUAAAUAUAUAUAUCUUUAUCUCUAAACGUUAUACACCUUACCACUUGAAUUGAUUGUCUUGCCAGCAAUAUAUUCAAGUCUCAGAAAGCAAUUUUAGGUGCUGGUGUGGUUGGGAGCAGGGUAACCUACAGAACACACAAAAGACGCUCUGUGGAGAGAUAUGAGAGAGAAAAAAAAACAACAACAACAAAGCACGAAGAUGCUGUUUUAAGAGAAUUUUCAAAGGUGUAGUAUUUCCACCCUCUGGUUCAAUUGUGGUAAACGACAGGCUUCAGGGUCACACGAGUGAAAAGGGUACAGUCCCUGAAUGGAGAUAGUAGCAGGCAGCUGGAGCAGGGUGUGUGAGGGGGCAGAGGAGCUGGGUGUGAGGAGCCUUGCAGCCCUUCCCUGCAGGCACGGCGCUGGGAUCCAGGCACGCAAACAAGGGGAGGGCUUGAGGAAGGCGUUUGCAGGAUUUGGCAUGGCUCACUCUAUUUCAUUAUUAUUUUAUAUGUAGGUGAAGUGCCUGCUGUUUGUGCAUGAGCAGGCGGGCUGAGCACCUGCUCCUUAGUGUUCCAGCAAAGGAGAUUUUAGCUGAGGUGUCACUGGGAUAAACUUGAAUUCUGCAGCCUGUCUGUGAACAGCGUGGGCACUGAGCAGAGCAAAGCAGCACCUGUGAUCCUGGUGCUUCAGGCGUUUGCUUGCUCGUUUGUUUGCGUGUUCACUACUGGACUUUGUUUGGAGCAGAAAAAUAAUUAAAAAAACACCAAUCCUUUGCGGACUCUGACUGUCCAAAGGUGGGCACAGCGCGGGUCGUCCCCAGCACCAGGAACAGAGCCGCUCACCUACACCUGGCGUAAGCACUGUUUGUAACCUUGUUAAUAAUAAUAGUAAUGAAGAUAAUAAUAUCAGUCAGCAAACAGGUGCUUUUCAUCCACGUAUCUCAAAAAUGCUUUGCUAGGUUUGAUCACCAGGAUUCUCUUUAUUUAUUUAUUUGGAGGAAUUGGAUACUGUUGGGGGAACAAAGAGAAGGAGUGUGUCUCUUAAAGCGGCUGUGGACCUGGGUUCUCCAUCUUCUUGCCCACCGUUAGGUUAGAUCAUAAUUUUUUUUUUUUUUUGAGGGUGGCAGACAUAUUUCUAAAGCCUAGGAAUAUGUCUGCUGCAGAAACAGGGCUUGGGAGAGUUGGAGUUAAAGCAAAGGAAACGUAACACUGCAGUGUUUUGUAUUUAUUUGAUCCUAAGGAAUUGCAUACCACUCCACGUUGAGCUAAGGAAUAAGGAAUACACACUAGCAGGAGCGUGGCAGUUUGGGUGCAGCAGCUUUGCUGGGUGCCGCUUGGUGUGGGCCGGAGGAAUGCUCCCAUGGGGAGCUGCUCCCUGAAGGCUGUCCAAAACACGGACAGAAGUCUUCUUUUGUUCUGUUCUAAACUUGAGCAGGUUGUGCUGGGAACAGAUUCUCUGGUGAAACUCAGCCUUUUCUUGUGGGCAUUCUAUUUUGAGGGAGAGUUUUUUCUUCUCGUGAUACCCCGCUUAGGCUAUCCAAAGGUAUCUAGAGGAAAUAACUUGACAAAAGCAGAGCUUGUAGCUGUUGAUUUUGCCGUCAGCUUAGUCUGUCAGGGCAGAUUUUGUCAUUUAGACAGGAACAUAUCCAGUUCGGAACAUUCCUACACAGAAGUUUUGAUUUGUUUUUUUCAUGUUCCAUGGACUAACUGGCCACAGCAGCACACUUGUUGAAUAACUUGUUGGUAUUACUGUAAAAGAAAAAGGGUGAUUUAGAGUUAAGAGAUGGACCAAAAGCAAAACAAGAAUUUUUUUCUAGUUUGAGUUUGUACCUAUUUUUACAUCAAAUGGCUGAGUUGCAGCAACAAAACCAGCCGUGUCAGAAUUGCUUUUGUUUUCUUUUUCUGGUUGCUGCAUUACAAGAGUUAUAAAUGAAACUUUUCCACAGCUGGAGAUGGCAAACAUCCUCAUUUCAGCUGCGGGGCAGUGGCAACUGCCAUCAUGACAGCAGGAAUUCCAUGAGCCGGGAGGGUUCUGGCUGGAAUUUGCCAUCAGAUAUGUGCAAAGUAAGGAAACAUGCAUGCAGCUGUUUUUUGUUUUUGUUUUAUUUUAACCAUCAAAGACAAGGAAAUGCAAUCAAAGAUGAUUCUUUCAGCGGGAUUCAACUUUGACCCUCGUUUUUGAGUUACGAUUAGUGUCUGCAGUGCACAGGCAUGCUUGCCUGGGUUAAGAUUGAAGCAGAAGGUGGAGGGGGUCUAAAUUAAUGGUUUAUGUGAGUGCAGAUGAAACACUGAUGCUUAAUUUAUCUUUUGUUUUCUUGAUAUGUUGUCAUACAACUGCGUAUGAGAUUUGUUUGCACAUCAGAUUUGUAUUAUAGAGCUGAGACAAGCUUUAGGUAGGGAAAAAAUGGUUUGACUGCAUCACGAAUGCCUGAUGAGUCAGUUAGCCAUCUCCCACUUGUGGAGAGCAUCUUUGUGUUGAAAACCAGAGGGCCAAUACUACACCUUUAAAAGUACAACAAUUAGAGAAGCAGAACCCAGCCCCAUUUCCAUGUGAACUUGUGCCAUUCAAAUCAGUCGCUUCCAUGUACCACGUGAAAGUGUCUUGCACGUAUGCAACAACCUCACUGAAGCGUUCUCCAUGUACACUGCUCUGGCCCUGCUGUGCUCUUCAGCAUGACUGCAAGGGAGGACUGGGGCUCACAAAGAGCUAAGAAACGUUUCUGGAACAUACUUCCCCUCUCUUCUCCAAUAUUAUUCUUGUUGUUUUAAAUGGGGUUUGAGUUCCAAUGAGCACAUGCACAUUUUAAAGUGUUUUUUACCUAACGUUUUUUAUCGGAUUUCUGAACUUUUCUUGUUGAUAAAUUUGCAUUUCAACUUGAUCCUCUGCCAAAAUUAUUACAAAAUAAUUUUUAAGUCUGUGUUUCCUACCUAUUUAUGAUUGCAAAUACAACCGAUUUCUUGUUCCUAAUUGUUUAAACACUUGUGACUUAUUUUACCUGUUUUAUGUAAAUGAGGAACUCUAUACUCAGUUAUCAUGACUAGUCAGAAGUGAACUGGUUUGGAUACAGAAAAAAAGUCAGUGUGGGUUUUGGCAUGAGAUAUUUCGGAUGAGAGCUUUGAAUUUAAAGACAGCAGAAUAAAACAAAAGCACACCUUUCAUAUCCCACACACCUUUGUAUUGUUCAGCUCCUGUGGGAUUGGAAAUAGCACAUUUUCAGCAGUAUUUCUUUCCAGUUGAGCUGAAAUUGGGAGAUGGUAGAGCUGCAAAUACAUUUGCCCCAUGAGAUUCGCUGAGUUGUCUCUAAUCUUUCUCAGUUUUCCAAACUUCUGUUUUAGUUCACCUGUGACUAGUUAUGAUCUCACUGAAUGGGCAUCUAUUAUAAGGGACUUUACCAGUAUUGUGUAUUUCGGUAUUUAAACAAUAUGAUUUCAUAAAUAGAACUGGUUUUAUUAUUACUGUUGUUGCUACUGUUCUCAUUUUCCUUUUCAUCUAUAGCUUUCUUUUUCAUCUGGUCCAAACAGCUCCACACAUUUAGAAAAGUCCUCUUUGAAGUGUGAGGUAGUAGGUCCACCAUGGAUUUGUUCUUGUGUUGUAAAUGGAAAUAUCAAAGUGUAGCAGCUGUAUUUACCAUCUUAAACAACGCUGAUAUUCAACCUGCAGCAGCAAUGCAGCUCAGGAGUGGAGAGAGAGUAAAGUGAAAGCUGAUUUCCACUCUUGUUCUUGGGGAGAGGAGGAAAGAGAAAAAGAAGGUGCAGCCAUAUGGUUGCUGUAACACACAUAAAAAAUAAACCCAUGCAUCAGCAGAACCUUUGUUGCCACUAUCAGGAUAGCAUCUUCUGCAGCAGUUUGUGCUCUGCUGUGCAUCCUCCUUUCUCAACUGCAGAUAUUCCUGUUCCUCUUCCCUGCCUCAGCGCUAGAACAGUUCAAGCAGCUCUGAAGACACAUGGACAUUUCCAUUCAGUAGGCUUUUUAUGAGUCUCCUCCAGGUCUGCUGUUAUUUGCCAAGCAGACUUGCAGUUUCGGUGAGGUUGUGCUUGUCACACUUGGGUUCAAAGCUCCCACUUUUGCCAAUGGCAGAACUCCAUUGGUGGGAGAUUUGAACCCUUUGUAUAACUGAUUAUUAGCUUCCACAUCUGCGGUCACUGCAGGAUCAUCUGUGGAGGCAUCAUGUAUAUAAAAUGUUAAAUAAACUGUGUAUUGAAUGGAGUGGACAAGUUAGCUAAGCAGCUCAAGUAUACUCGGAGGAAAGAUGACCCUGAAAUCAAUUCCAAAAGAUUCAAUGCAGGUUGCUCACUUUCAGUAAAAGAAAGACAAAAAAGUCUGUGCUUACAUAGACUAGUAGAUGCAAUCUUCCACCCUUACAAGCACGCACAUGAGUGGGGACAUUGCUUCCAUUCUGAGGCUGCAAAUUAUGCAUAUGACUUUCCAAGAUAUCAGGAUGAGAACUGAGAAGGUUUAGGCACCGCUUUCCUACAAAGUGCUGACCUCCAGGGCAUCCAAAUGGACUUUGCUAAAUUGAGAUACUGAAAGGGAGAUAUAAUGCCAAAAUCCUGGGCCUUGGCCCCUCCAAGGAAUCCUCGAGGUCGGUCUCAGAAUCCUUCCUGGCUCCUUGAAAGUGCCGCACAGCUCCUGCAGUGGGAGGUGGGAGUGCUGAGGGCUCGGGUAGCUGCCUUGGACUUGUUUCCUCCAAAAUUAGCAUCCAAAGCUUUGUGGUUAGGAUUAACAUUUAAUUGUGUAUUUGUAUAUUGCAUGAGCAAAGGUCGGGAACUGUCAGAACCUAGUAGCUCCUUUUAAUUUCUUGGAAUCAAAGAUAAGCUUAAGAAAGAAAGUACUCAGUGGAGAUCAAUGAACAGAAGCAACCCCUCCACCCCCAAGCUCCAGAAUCCGGUCCCAGAAAACGAUCUAUUGGUAUCAAUGGUUAAUUUGAGUUUGCUGGAAGAUUUAUCCAAGAAAUAAAUCUGGCAUAGGCAGCCUGAGCCCCAGCUGGAAAUCUGUCCCUUUCCCAGAGCGUGCCUAUUCCAUCCCCAAAAAACAACUGCUCCUGCACAAUGAUUGUCUGCUUUAAAAAAUAAUAAUAAUCUGAAUUUGUUUGUUUCUAUUCAAAAAGUAAGCAGAAGAAAUCAUGUUUUGUGUGCUUUUUCCAGCUGUGAACUGGUGAUUUCAAUUUACCCACAUCCAAAAGUGAGAGCUGAAAAUCUUCAGAUAUUAUUUGACAAAAAAAAAAAAAAAAGAGUGAAGAAUUUUUCAGGUUGAAAACCUUAAGAGAACAAAUACUCAUUCCCCCAUCCCCAACAAAGGUGAAGGAGUUUUUGAUUGCAGGCUUUGCAAUUGGAAAAGAGCCUGAUCCUGCUGGGCUAUUGAAUGACAGCCCAGACACGUCCUUUUUGUUUUGCGGCUUUGUCCUAAUUGGAAAUAAACUGUAAAACUGUCAGAGUAUAAUUGCUCCACGCUUUCCACAGUUUCUGUGCUUUAGGAGCAAAGCAAAUUAAAAACAGUUUAGAAAGGGGUGAGACUGUGGAGGCUUCCUCCCCAUGUUCCAGCUCUGUAGGGCACAGCGGAGCGCUGCUGCUUGUGUUGCCGUCGAGCACGGACAGCCUUGCGUGGAGCAGAACUCUGUGCCCUGAGUUAUCAGAAACAGUGGGGAAAAAUAUGAAAAACUGAAAAAAAAAAAAAGUGCGACUUGGUUGUGCUGAGGAGCUGUGCAUGUGUGCUUUGUGUGCGCGCGUACAAGGGAAGGCUUUGGUCCCGUAGCGUAGUACAUGUUAGCAUGAUACAUAUGGUUUCUAAAUCCCUUGCAUCUACUUCUGCAGUUGAGAUGUUAAAAAGAUUUUUUUAAUUAUUAUUUAAAGAAAAAAAAAAAGAAAAAAGAACAGUAGCAAACUCACUAAGAGUUGAGAGGCUAAUAACGCCCUCUGGGGCACGACCAGUCGGUGUCAUCUGCUGCUGUCCUGGAAGGCAGCAAGGUCUCUCAGCAUCGCAGCAUCCCAGUACUGUUCUGAAGCGCUUGUUGUUCAAUAGGCUGUUGUUUUUCCCAGUGUGAUGUGGUGGCUGUUACCUGAUACGUUGCCAGGGACUUCGCGUUGUCAGAGGUGGUCCUUCGCGUUUGAUGUAUUUGGCUAAAAAACAGUGGUGGUUUUUUUUAUUAUUUAAAUUCCUAGCAACUGUGACUACAGUAACGUGAUGAGUAGCACAUACAGUGAGGGGGCGGUGAUGAUGGCCUCCUCAAAAAUGUCACCUGAACUUUUUUUUUAAAAAAAAAAGAAAAAUAUUUUUUAAAACAUUUUAAAACUUUUGUGUGUGUGUGUGUGUGUGUGCGUGUGUGUUCCAAGAUGGAAUAUUUGUAUUUGAAAAUUAUCCUGGAGUGUAAUUUAAUCCUAAGACCUCCCCCCCUAGCCUUUGUGUAUAUGGUAAAUGUUUGUAUUUUGCGGUUUCUGUUUUGCUUUUUAGAUAAAUGAAAUGUAUAUGGAUAUUUUUAAGUCAUCUUUGCUUUUUUAGAUGAGUUUGUAAUCACCUUAUAACAGAAAAUAAAACUUUCCUUUAUAAACCA